AUGCUGGUGAUUGCAUACUUUGCCUUGACUGUCACUGCUUUAUCUUCGUUUUUGUUGUAUUUCUUCUUAAAGAGGUUCAGAGAUGACCAACCAGUGAUCAAUAACCCUGCAUUCCUUGAGUUCCAAAAGAAGUAUUUUAAUGUCUACUAUCUGGCAUUGCUGGCAGAAUGGUUUCAAGCUCCAUAUUUAUACAGACUCUACAGCUUCUAUGGCUUCAUCGACACACAGAUUGCUGUUAUUUAUGUCUGUGGGUUUGCAUCAAGUGUCAUCUUUGGCACAUAUGCUGGAUUCUUAGUAGAUGCAUGGGGCAGGAAAAAACUUUGCAUUUUGUUCACUGUCCUUUACUCUAUUUGCUGUAUAACUAAAUUGUCUCGAGACUACUCAGUCCUAAUUAUGGGUAGAAUCAUUGGUGGAAUCUCAACAUCACUUUUGUUUUCAGCAUUUGAUUCUUGGUAUACUUAUGAACACUUGCAAACGAACGAGUUCCCUCCUGAAUGGAUUCAGGUAACAUUUUCAAAGGCAACAUCUGUUAAUAGCAUCAUUGCAAUUGCUGCUGGUGUAAUUGCCAACAUGGCAUCAGACUGGUUCUCGUUUGGUCCAGUGGCACCAUUUGUAUUGGCAAUACCAUUUCUUAUUUUGGCUGGAUUUUUGAUAAAGUGCACUUGGAAUGAAAAUUAUGGGAAGAAAGGAAAGAUCCUGAAGCCCUGUUGUGAAAGUCUCCGUUUGAUUUUAUCUGACCGCAAGAUCUUUAUAACUGGUGCAGUUCAAGCCUUGUUUGAGAGCGUAAUGUACAUAUUUGUUUUCUUGUGGACUCCUGUUUUGGAUCCAGCAAAUCCACCCCUAGGUAUAGUGUUUUCUUGUUUCAUGGCCUGCAUCAUGCUUGGAGGAUCAACCUUUGAAAUUCUCAGUUCGAGAGGGGUUAAAAUAACAACCAUUAUACCCAUUGUUAUAUAUUUAACAAUGUUUGCCAAUAUUGCUGCAUCCUAUGCCAGUGCAAAUCAUCCAAGGACAACCUUUUUAAUCUUCCUCUUCAUUGAGUUACUUUGUGGAAUUUAUUUCCCAGCUGUUGGAAAGCUGCGAUAUUUCACGUUACCUGAAGGACAUCAUAGUGGAAUAAUCAACUGGUUUCGAGUCCCUUUGAAUGCUAUUGCAGCUGUUGUGUUGCUGGCGUUACAUGACACACAUAGUCCACAUGGGAUUUCUUCAUUAUUUGCUUUGUGUGCCAUUUUAUUAUGCCUGGCUGGUUUGCCUUCAGUUUUUCUACACAGACUUCUUAAGGACAUUGUUUUAGAAAAUGAGGAAGAAGCUAUAGAGUAG